AUGUCGGAAGCAGAAAAGGACGUCACCCACGAAGACAUCUGGGACGACUCGGCACUGGUUAAUUCGUGGAACGAGGCCCUUGAGGAGUACAAGAAAUACCACAGCAUUCACGCCGACAGGGCAGCCGAGGCCACUAUUGUUCCAGAUUCACAAAACCCCCUACUGAAUGCCAAGACUGAAACGAAUGAGCCUCAGUCGCCGCCCAACCGAACGAGGGGCGAUGGCGAAACAAUUCAAGAGCAGGCCAAGCCUACGGGUGGACGUCCUGAAGGUCUCGGCAUGAAUGAUCAACAACCUGGCGGCACGCUUAGCUCGCCUGUCUCUGUGCUUGGCUCAGUAAAAGACGAGAGUCUCAAAUCCCUGCUGAUGUCAUGGUACUACGCCGGGUAUUACACGGGGCUCUAUGAAGGACAGCAGCAGAGAUCCCGGCAAGGCGAAUCUUGA